GUUCAAGGGUCACUUGCCCAUUGCUUUCGCUUGGGAAGCUUUACAAAGCUGGGUUCUAUGUGGUUCCCUCUGCAAGCAGCCCUGGCGGCUUCAUCUUGACCAACGGCGGUUUGCAAGAGCCAGUCAAGUUGAAAAGACAGUCCUUGUGUGCAUCGGGAAAUGUGUGUGUGCUUCAUGAGCAGCCGGCGGCCGUGCGUGUCAUUGAACGUGUGACGCUUCAGGAUCCCUUGCUUAGGCUGGAUGCCUCAGGUUGGCAGCGCACAGGUCACAGGCAGUAUGCGCUGCUGAGCUUCGGCGAUGCCUUCGUCGACACCACGUUGAUUCCUUUGUCCGAGCUCAUGUGGUUCCGAACCACUUUGGUUCGCCGAGGAUGUUUCGUCUAUGUCAAUCGCGCCAAGAAGUUUGAUCACCAAGACGUGGAACAAGUGAUCACAAUUGCACAUGAUGAUAGGACUUUGAGUCCUGCCCAGCUUGGCUUUGCAACUCCUGUUGAUGAGCCUUCUCCUGCACCCGAAGCCUCCGGUGUUUCGCCCGCUCAGGCCUCCCCUGUGCCCGUGGGUGAGUCGUCUGGUGCUCCGCCUCCUGAGGCAGAUGAUGGCAGUGGCAUUGGUGAUGAUCCGUUGCAGCCCUCCAACCAAGCAGCACCAGUCGCCCCUGAAGGUGGCGAGGCUCCUCCUGCUGAGCGUGAGGCCAUUGAGACUGUUACAGUUAGCGGUGUUGUCAUCGAUCGCAACUCUUCAUUGCGGGUCAACCGUGCUGCGCUUGUUUCCCUUGGGCUUGGCAAGAAUGGCUCCAAAAGCCAGUGCUGGGACAGAUUGGUUCGGCACAUCCGUGAAGCCGAGCUGCUCCGGGAACAUCAAGUCGAUCACACCCUCCGUGCCGAGACAAGCCGUCCUCCUUUGGCGCCUCCCAUUGCGCAGGUGCCUUCCGAUGCAGACCGGGCCCAGCAUGCUUUGACGCAUGAGCCAUAUGCUCCAUGGUGCGACACAUGUGUUCGUUUCCGGGGUCGCCAGGACCAGCAUGCUACAGAGGCCUCGCAUGGUGAUGGAUCCCGAUCCGUCCUGUCUUUCGACUUUGGCUACUGCUCUCGCGAAGCCCCCGAUGAUGGUAAAGAAGCCCGUGACCGACUCACGGUGUUGUGUGACAACGAGCCCGCCAUUCUGGCCUUUCAGACCGGACUGUUGAAGGCUUUGCGAAAUUUAG